AUGGAUGAGCAGACAGGAAGCCCUGACAUGGCUACAGGCUCCGACAGAAUCGCUGGCGAUAACAUUGCGGCCUACGCCAGCUCGGCACAUUCUCCCACCUCUGAAUCCAUGAUGAGCGGUGGUUCGCGAAACAGGAAACGAUCAGAGGUCUUUGCCACCCAUGAAAGCCCUUACUUUUUCCCUGCUCACCAACUCUACAACGUCGUGAGCAUGGAUCGCUCCACAAGCUACACGUUGAAGUUGGCGGCGAAGAUUGAUAGGGGGUUCUUCUUGGCAUCAAACGACUGGACAUGCUAUCGUCGCAACUACUUCCAGAUCAGCGCUUGCUUCUUCAUUCCAGGACUCGACACUACCCAGCAACCCGAGGUCCCCUGUCUGCUGGACUACAACGGCGAGCUCCUUCAGGUCAACCGGUUCCUGAUCUGCAUUGGCGCCCAGAUCCAGAACGGCGAUAAGGCGAUCGAGUUGGUUCAGCAUACACCUAAGCGUGACAAGGGUCCCCAGAUCACACCAAAACGGAUGCCCGUCCGCGCAGGGGGCGAUCUCAGUCCAGGACCGACUGGUCUGCAGCCCUAUGUCGUCACCUAUGAGCGUGUCCAGUUCAAGACGGCGACUGCCAACAAUGGCAAGCGGAGAGCGGCCCAGCAGUACUACCAAGUUCAUGUUGACUUGUUUGCUGAGACUGAUACGGGGGCGCAAAUCUUGGUUGCUAAUUUGCUCUCGGCUCCCUUGGUUGUUCGUGGUCGCUCGCCUGGACACUAUGCCGAUAACGAGGACGACGACGCUGUUGCUGCCGCUGCUGCUGCCGCUGCCGGCGCUGGUGCUCCAUCUGGCCCUGGAACCUCAUCCUCGACCCCUUACCCCGCGGAUGAGAGAUACCCUCCUGCAUCGUCGUCUUAUAGGAACGACAGCAUCAGCAGCAGUAACGGUGGCGACUACUCCUACUACCCCAAUUACGGCUACAACAGCUCAUCCUACCCAUACCAAUCUCUCGGAUCGGCGUCUCAUAUGGCAACUCAGGACUACCGGGAAGACUACCACUACAACAAUAACAGUGGUCGACAUGAUUCGGAAUCUUACCCUGCCAGUCCUCUGUCGCCCUCGGGUCCCCAUCCCCAUGCCUACAUGACUCCUCAAGUCCAGCAUGGGUUCUCGCCCGCCGCCUCGGGAGCAGCCUCGCCUGAUAUGUAUAGCCCCUCUGGUUUCCCGGAGAAUGGUGGAGGUCACUACCAAUAUGGAUCGCCGACAUACCCUCAAUACCCACAGCAGCAUCCACAAGACCAACAUCACCAUUACCACCAGGAGGGCCAGCAGCAGUUGAAUGGACAGUAUGAUUCCUAUAAUGGCGGACAGCAGUAUGAUCAGGAGACACAGGACCAUGCGACUCAACUAGCAGGAUUGCGGAUCCAUUCCCCUGUGAGCCCUAGCAGUCCACUCAUUGGAUCGCCUACCGGAGUCACGCCACGUCGUCAGUCCUUCAGCUCAGCCUUGUCGUCCAAGAAGGCAGGAGUCGGCAUUGCAGGCGAUCGGAGUUCGAUUGGAUCGACUCGCAAGACCAGAUCCAUCUCCAUGUCGGGAAUCACUAAGCGGGCGCCCAGCAAGACCAGGACCUCUCGAACUGUUCCUGCGACACCUACAAAGGAGCACCAUUCCAAUGGCGGUGCGCUGGGAAGCAUUGGUGGAGUCCUUGGCGGUAUUGGUGGUCUUGGCGGUAUUGGCCAUGGUGUCAAGGGGCUAGGCAUCUCGAGCGAUCGUAUCCCUGAAAACCCCAUGGAGGACCAGCAAUCUUGA